UUCGGUUGAUGAAAUCACGUUUUCCUGUUCUAAAAAUGGCAUCUCCUGAGAGCACAAGGAUCGUCCUUGGAGUUUUUGCGGCUACUGGAGUUGUUGUUAUAACUUAUUUAUUGUUGAAAAAGUUUGGACCAAAGAAAAAAGACAAUUCCUUCCCAGAAACGUCUGGCGAUGGACUUGAAGCCACAAAACCAAAGGAGACAGAACCAGCACAGCCAACACAGGCAUCAAAAGAAUCGGUUCAAGAAGAAUUGCAGUCAGAAGUAUCUUCAUUAGCGUCUCAGGAGCCGACUGGGAAAGCAUCUGAACCAGAUGUAGUUCCAGACCAGUCCGAUGUCUGUGCUGACCCUCUCACCCAGGACUGUCAAAGCAGCUUCUUUGCCAUCGACGGAGGGUACAACCUGGCAAACAGCAGUCUUACCAUCAACACUGAGAAUGGAGUAGGGAGUGGGAGAAAAUCUGACCGUAGCAGCGACGAGAGCUCGUAUGAUGUCAUUGAAGACGAAGCCAUAGAGGAGGUUGUCAGUGAGGAGGAGAGGAAAGAUGCCCCAGAAAUUGUGGAAGGGGCCAGUCAGGAGGAGGUGUCUCUUGAGGGAACCAGAGAGGAAGGGAAACUGACCGAUCAGGAAUCCUUCCAGGACGCCAACGAGACCAGCAUGGUGAUGGUGGAAAAUGUUGAAAAAUCUGGCUCGUCUUACUAUACUUCGGCGGAUGAGAGCGUGGAGAUGCCUUCAGAGAAACAAAAUGAGUCAGCAGACAAAGAUGUAAGCGAACAGGAAGAAAGGGAAAGCCCGAAAGAUGACAAAAAAGAAGAUCUGGAAGCUUCCGUGACAGACAAUGAGAAAACAUUGGUGCCAUCAACAAGCUCUGUAUCGGAGAACGCUGAAUUAAAUGAUGCUGGAGGUCCACAGGUCACAGAGAGCAAAGGUCAAGGAGAGGAGAGCGUUGGACCGGCCACUUUGGGUGGUGAAGAAGAGAAGAGGCAAGAGUCAAUGUCCUCUUCAAUGGAAAUGAGUUCCUGGCAGGAUGUCGGCGCUGAUGUGGAGAUUGUCAAGGGCGACGAGCAACAGGAAGUAGCCGCAGAAGACGUGUCACAGAAUGCCCAAGUCCUGCCCAUCACGGACGCUGUCCUCUCCGCGGAGAUUGGCGCUGCUGCUGACAAUGAAGAUGAAGAGGCAGCGACACAAGAGCCCAGUUCUGAGGAGGUGACCCGUGUCUUGUCUCUGUGUCAGAGCUCUCCGGCACAGUUGAGCCAGCAAGAUGUGGAGGUGCUGGUGUCCAUUCUCUCUCGGCCGGACACGGGCCUGGUCCCCACGGUGCUGGACAGUCUGGUCAGAGUCAGUGCCUUCACGCAGCACAAUCCAAAGUUGCGAGCAAGCAGGUGCCCACAGGUGGUGACCGCCCUGACCACAGAGAAGUGCCAAGAGCUGGUGCAGGGAAAGGUCGGGUCAGAGACGAUGCUGCAAGCUCUGUGUCAGGUGGUCACAAAUUUCAGCUUGGACCCCACUACUCAAGCGCUGAUGGAGGACAGCAUCCCGGCCCUGGUGGACGUUUUCUCCCUUGACACGACCAGCGAGGCUCUCCAACUGUCCCUGCUCCGUCCCCUCAUCAACUUUUCCUCUGAGGCCACCUACCACAGCUACUACACGGGCCUCGUGCCGCGACUCUUCUCCCUUCUCGACUCGGGCUCUCCGGCUGUCAGAGUCCAGAGUCUGAAAGUGCUGGUCAACCUGUCUCUGGACAAGGAUUUGGUGCCGAACCUUUUGGCCGCUAAGGCCCCUUCGUGUCUGCUGGAACUUCUGGAUCUGCCAACGUCCAACGACAUCAUCCUGAGGGUGGUGACCCUCCUGGCCAACAUGGAGCAGAGCCUGCAAGACGAGCCUCGUGCCCCGCUGGCCCUGCCAGUGGAGGAGAAGGUGGAGUCGCCCUUGACCUUGCACACAGCCCUCCGAGGCGUCACUCAGCUCCCGCACCUGCGCAACAAGGUGUUCCGUCUAACGCGACACGACGACGAGGACGUGGUGUACCAGGCAUCGCGGCUCUACAAGCUGAUCACGUCAACCACAAAGUAGGAUGAUGGGACGGCGCAGUUCCUGCACCUGUCUGUUUUACCAGUUCUCGUUUGAGUUCAGGGGUUUCUAUCGCUGUCUUUUUUUUUACCUAGAACUGUGUGUUAGCUUUUCUUAGGCAGCCCUUUCGGCUGUUCUGGAUGCAGUAAAUUAGUCAAUGUAAGCAUGAUUUUUUUGUCAAUAAUUAUUUCAAGGAUGAUGCAAUGUUUGAGGUGCUUCUUUCAAGGCUGGUUUUUUUGGCUAAGGCUUAUCUAAAAGCCUUUAAAUUUCAAGGCAAUGACAAGCACAAAUCCUGGAGUUUCGGUUUCGAAAUGUGAUUCAUUUACUCUGUUUUCUCUCUGUGUACAAUUAAAGCAGUAUUACGUCCGGUAUGAUGGACAUGGAACAUUCUUACAGCUGAUUUAUGGCUUUGCUGGCCGCUCAAGUUGUUUUUGUUGAUGUUGUUUCCAAACCAAAGCUGACAUUGUUAAUUUACGCCUAAUUCAUAUUAAUAUACCCACAUUUAUUACGCACAUUGUAUUUUUUAAAAUAACGAGCAGUAUUCAAAACGUAUCCCUAUUCUACCUUUCCCAAGCUAUUAAUUCACGAAAGGAAUUAGGAGUCAAUGUUUUAGUACGGGUCUUAUUAAAUGGGGCUUUUUCAUCUCCCUUUUUUUUUUUUUUGUUACAGAGACAGGAAGAUAAAUUUUUGUGAAAGUUGGAGAAGUUGACAAAAGUUAUGAUUGGCCACACACGCGCCCCGUCCGUAUUGACAAAUGGGACCCUGGUACAGUUAAGGCGGCUUCAAGAAUCUCUACUUUUCCUGAAAUGCAAAUAUUUUUUCAGUGCUGGCCGUGUGUAGGUAAUCUGGAAAUCAGCUUACUUACUACCUGAAACUUAUUAUUUCUUUGUGAUACCCGUAAAAAGCUUUGUCCUUUUGGUUCUUUCCUGUGGUGGAUGGAAUGAGACAUUUUGUGAUGGUUACAAAUUAUUUGUGGUAACGCAGCUGAUCUGUUCGCGUGUGUAUGUGUGUGUAACUGAAGAAAGUGGCCCAUUUGUCGGGUAUACUCUUGGUGUAAGAACAUUUUCUUAACAGAAAAUUCUAUGCGGAAGUCGUUCGUUGUACUGAAUAAGAUAAUAUUUCUCUUUUUUCACUAAUCUUUAAGAUAUAUAUCUGGUUUUGUAACUUGUUAAAGUCAACUUUUAUAAAGUAUGGCUUUUUAUGUUUUGCCUUUUUAUUGACACCACAUUGGGAUCAGCCCAGCCAAGCAGAUGAUAUAUACGGAUGCAUAUAUUCCAGCAAAUGAAUACUUUUCAUGCAUUGUCCUGUUCACAGUACUACAAUAAUGAAAAUGUUGCUAUGCAUCAUGACUAGGAAUCAACAGAUGAUGGGAUGAGUCAAAACAACUGGACUGUCAUUCUCUAAUUGUUGGUUGAUUUUAAAAGUUUACUGUGUUCUCAAAAUAACUGACAAACAGAUGAAAACAAAAACUGGUGUAGAUGACAUUCCUCUGUUAAACAUAUUAUGUAAAUAUACUUUUUUGGCAAAGGGCUGUGUUUGUAGUGAACGCCUUACUACUUUUUGCCUUGAGUGUGACAACAGUUUUAGACUGGCUCAGAGUUAGCCGGCCCGGCGCGUGGGUCGUUUUCUCUGGUGUGCACACAUUCCAAAGAACUCUCCUGGCCUAGCCUUUGUAAAUUUUGUUUCCAGCAAGCUAUUGACCUUAGUUUGUUUUGCUCAGGAAUAUGUGCCCUGUUAAUCUGUUCAACCACCGUAGUCUUUCUAUGUACAAGCCAUCAAUGCAGUUUGUAUUAUAAUGACACUUGUUAAUUCCGGGUCUUGAAAAAGGUGGGGGGUUGGGGUUUGCUGGAAAUGUUAUGGCAGUUCACAAUGUGUAGCUGUUUCAAUUUCAAUCAUACAGCUGUCAACUGACUUGAGACGUUAAUUCUUUUGAAUAUCUUGCUUUUGUUGUUGAUUUCUUCACCAAAAAGAAUGUAUGGUACAGUGCCCUCUAUCAAGACAUACUUAUUAUUAAGCUUUUUGCCUUUUGAUUCAAUGUUCAUGAUAUCCCAGACAUGCAUUUUUUUUUAUGAUAACAUAUUAUUGAUUAAACUACACAGGACUCACAGCCUGUUUUGUGGGUGGUGAAAGUAGCUGGAAGCUGCUGGUGCUAUUUUUUUUUCUUUUCUAUCCCCUUGCCCCUUCGUUUUCUGUUCUUGUGAAAGUCUGUACGUCCAAUCUGAGCAUUUUUCCCUUGACAACUCUUACUCUUACUGUGUUCAAACAACAAUCUUUGAGGUUCUUAGAUUUUUAUUGACAGUUUAUCUUACCUUAAUUUUGUAGUGCCACGUACCCAAGACCAAAGCCUGUACUGUUGGAUUACUUUAGUUACGCUAUUCAGGAAACUUUGUUGAAACAAAAUUGACAUGGUCUUUAGAAUCUGACAAUUUCAAUAGACUCCUUGACUUUAUUUGACUGAUGAUAUGGUAUAUUUGUAUCCAAAGGGGUUCUAAUUCAAAGUACUUUAAAUCAGUGGUGGUAAUUUUGUUUUCCUACUGUUUAAGUUAAAAAACAUAAGUUCAUCUCACAAUCCAGACUUGAGUUUCCAAUAGAUGUUGGUGUGACCCGUCAGUUAAGCUUUUGUAAAUUUUUUUUUUGAUAUAUUGAUUGAAUAAAAUUUUGGUAAUCCUUUUUUUGUUAACUAUUA